GUUGUCCAUGAUAAACAAUUUUAUUUUGAAAAAAUAUAUUCAUCAUUGUCAUUAUUAAUUGAAUAAAUAAUAACAAUUGAUGAUGAUGAUGGCCGAAGUGAAACAAUCUCCAUCCGCAUCAUCAACGCCGGUUAAGGUGAAUCAAACAAACAAUCAACAACAGCCAACAUCUACUGGAUCAUCAAGUAAUAUUAAAAUUAAUAUUCGUUCAUCAAUGGAUAAUAAUAAUAAUAAUAAUAAUCCAUCAUCUAAUAAUAAUACAGGAGGCGGUGGUGGUGGUAAUCCAAAAACAUUUAAUAGAAAUAAAUCUGAUUCUGAUAUUGAUUCACAACAUCAACAACAACCAUCGGAUAAUCAACAACAAUCGCAGAAUAAACAACAACAGAAUAAAAAACGUAAAUCAAAUAGUAAUCAUCCACAUUAUCAUCAUAAUCAAGAUGGUGAUCAAUUAUCUGCUAAUUAUAAUGGUAUGCCAUCAUCGUCAAUGAUUGGUCCACGUUUAACUGGACAGCCAAUAUUUGAAUUUCCACCGCCAGAUCAAUCAACCCAAACAUUUACAGGAAGAUGUCGUUUAUUCGUAGCCAAUCUACCAUCUACAGCAACCGAAGAAGCAUUACGUAAAUUAUUCUCUGAAUUUGGACAAAUAUCUGAAAUAUUCAUCGGAAAAGGAAAUCAAUUUGCAUUCAUUAAAAUGGAUACACGUAGUAAUGCAGAAAAUGCAAAAAAUGCAUUGGAUGGUAAACCAUUCGAAGGUCGUACAUUACGUGUACGUCUUGCUGCUCAUGCUGCUGCGAUCAAAGUAACCAAUCUUCCGCCAUGUGUUUCCAAUGAAUUAUUACAGUUUGCAUUCAGUACAUUUGGUCCAGUUGAACGUGCCAUUGUUGUUGCCGAUGAUCGUGGUCGUUCAAUAAAUGAAGGCAUUGUUGAAUUUGCACGUAAAUCCUCGGCUCAAGCAGCGAUUAAAAAAUGUACAAAUGAAUGUCUAUUAUUAACGGCAUCACCACUUCCUUGUGUAGCUACAUCGCUUGAAUCACGUGAUGAAGAAGAAGGUGUGCCGGAAAAAAAUAUUCAAUAUCAAUCGGAUUAUCGUCGUGAACGUGAAAUUGGGCCCAGAUUUUCCGAACCAAGUACUAUUGAAAAUGAAAUUGCAAAAAAAUGGAAAGAUUUUAUUCAACAUGAAGCCGAACGACGACAAGCAUUCGAGGCGGAAAUGCAACAAAAACGUGAAAAUUUUGUUGUACAAAUGGAAUAUUUUCGAUUGGAAGAGGAAACCAAACGAUUACGUGAACAAUUACAACGAAUGGAAUCACAAGUACAACAUAUGAAUGUUGAACGUGAUUCACGACAAGAUUAUGAACGACAACGUGAAGAAAUGCGUCGACACCAUGAAAAUGUUAUGCGACAACAGGAAGAACAAUUGAUGGGUGGUCAACAGCAUACACCAAAUGAAAUGAAUAUGUUACGACGACAGGAAAGUGAUCUUCGGCAACAAGUAACAACCUUACAUCAGAUGCUUGAACGACAAGAACAAUCGUUACGUCAAAUGGAUCCGAUGGGACAACAUAUGGAUUCACAAAUGUAUGGACAACAACAAUCACAAAUGAUGCCUGGUAAUAAUGUUGGUAAUGGUCCACCACAGCCAGUUCCGCCGCCACAUCAAACACCAAUGUCUGGAUUGAUUGGACCGAUACAACCAUCACAGCCACAUGGUCCUGCAAAUCCAUAUGGUCAUCAACAGAAUCAUCAUUUUGGUGGUUUACCACCUCCACAUUCGCAACAUCAGCAGCAACAACAACAACAGCAGCCACAACAACCACCACAACAUCCACAAAUGAAUCAUCAUCAUCAUCCUUAUGGUGGUGUACCACCUCCAUCAAUGCCUGGUCAUCAUCCUGGCGGACAAAUGCAACAACCGGUACCGAUUGUACCUUAUAAUGGUGUUCCACCACCACAAUUAUAUGGUCAACAACCCCCAUCUCAACAACAGCAACAACAACAACAAUCUGGAAUGAAUCAUGAAAAUGGUAAUAAUAAUUAUGGAAAACGUAAUCGACGAUAUUGAAAUCCAAUGAUGAAUGAUAAAUGAAUGGAUUAAUAUUUUUGGUACUUUUGAAUUCUUUUGCAUAUUAUUUUCAUCACAUCAAUUUGAAAAGUAU